GUGAGUCGGUAGGACGUGUAUUCAAAAUCUCCCAAAAUAUGGAAACAGAAUUACUUUGUCCAGUCUGCCAUAAGCCUUUCACAUGCCCUGUCUUUCUACCCUGUGCUCAUAGUGUGUGUAUGAGCUGUACAAAAGCUAUUUCAACCACAACUGCUAGUGGCCAUGGAGAUAACACUAAGAAUAGCGAGCACAGCGAGCAACGUGAAGUUGGAGACUCUUUUUCAGAUGAUUCAGGUUAUGUUAGCGCUUAUGACCUGAAUCACUUAUAUCAAGCUAUUGGCAAUAUCCCCUGCCUUAAAUGUCCCGUGUGCAAGAAAAUGUUCCCGCUAGACAGCAGAGGAAUAAGUGGAUUCCCUCGCAAUCGUCUUCUAGAAAACAUUGUCAAUCGACAUUACGCCAAAACGAAUGGGAAUGUUCACUGUCAGUUAUGCGAGAAAGAUCCCCCAAGACCUGCAACUGUGAUGUGUGAACAGUGUGAAGUAGUUUAUUGUGAUGAUUGCUGUAAAAUCUGCCAUCCAAGCCGUGGUCCUUUGGCAAAGCACAGCCUAAUUCAUCCAUCUCAUUCUAAGUCGUCCGCUAGAAACUCCAUGAUCAAGUGUGGUGACCAUCUUGAAGAACACAACAGCAUGUACUGUGUACUGUGUAGGAUUCCCAUUUGCUAUGUAUGUAUAGAAAAAGGUCAACAUAAGGGCCAUGAGGUGAAAGCAUUAGGAGCCAUCUUCAAGGAGCAAAAGGGAGUUGUAUCAAGCAAUAUCUUGAUGUUGGAGGAAAACAGAAAUAAAGUUCAUAAUUAUGUAAACCAUUUACAUGAAACCUCAGCAGUAAUACWGGAAAAUGGACUUGAGUUUGAGGCUAUUGUGGUUGCACAGUGUGAUUCACUUAUCCAGUUCAUAGAAGCCAAAAAAACAGAGCUUAUUUACUCCAUAUCCAAGGAGGUAGAAAGCAAGUUGGAAAAUGUCAAGCAGCAGGUUGCUGGCUAUGAAAAGAGAUUAAAAGAUGCGACAUCUUUAUUAAACUUUUCACGAGAAGCUCUCAAUGAAGCUGAUCCUGCAUCUUUCUUAUUGGUUUCUAAUGCACUUAUUCACAGAAUGUCAGCUGUGUGCAAUCAAUGGGAAAGUGAUGGCUUGCACACUAAACCACAGAGCUUUGAGUUGGAUUUAACAUUAGACACCUCAGUUGCCAAUCAAGCUAUACAAGAUCUACAGUUUAUUGAACUAAAAGCUCCUUGUGCUCCAGAUAUCAUACCUGAUCAAUGCAGUGUUACCAACAAUGCCAUAACUCUUUGCUGGAAGCCCCGCAAGCGUACCUGUGUAGAGGGGUAUGUGGUGGAACUUGAUGAUGGUAGUGGAGGGAACUUCAUUGAAGUGUAUCGUGGUAAUUCAUUGGAGUGUACUGUACAGGGUCUUCAGUUUGAUUCUACGUACAGGGCUAGAGUUAAAGGUGUAAAUACAGCAGGAGAAGGAGCGCCAAGUGACGAAGUCUAUCUCACUACGUCUGAUAUUGCAUGGUUCAGCAUGGAUACAGACACAGCCCAUCCCGACAUUGUGCUGAGCAAUGAUAACACAACCGCAACAUGUACCAGCUUUGAUGACAGGGUAGUUCUUGGAAAUGCAGGCUUCUCUAAGGGAURUCAUUAUUGGGAGAUAACCAUUGAUCGCUACGAUGGUAAUCCCGAUCCUGCUAUAGGUGUGGCUAUGGCAAGCACAAUUAAAGACUCUAUCUUGGGAAAGGAUAACAAAGCUUGGUGUAUGUAUAUUGACAGCAGUAGAAGCUGGUUCAGACAUGACAAUGAACAUUCUAAUCGCCGUGAUGGCGGCAUAGAGGUGGGAGCUGUUGUUGGUAUAUUUCUUGAUAUUUCAAAUCACAAGGUUUCAUUUUACUUGAAUGACGAGAAGCGUGGGGCUAUACGCCUGCCAAGUAUUAAUGAGGCAUUGUAUCCAGCCUUCAGUUUAAAUCGUAAUGUGCAAAUCACGUUACACACAGGUCUAGAACCACCAGAUUCUAAUACCUACAGCUCCAGUGCAAGAUCUCAUCACAGCAAAUAAAUCUAGUCUGUUGACUAGUUGAGUUACAAAAAUUAUAAUUUUGGUUCCUUUUUACAGACAAAGUUCAAUUAUUCAGACUUUUAUCUUUGGCUAUGAUUUCAUAAAAUAAUUCUCACUUGCUGUUAUCUUGUGAAAGGAAUGUCAAAUUAGAUUAACAUUCCAUUAUGUCUGCAAUCACAUAUUCAAAUCUCAACAAGACUAAGUCUGGUUACUGGAGGUUUGACUGUAGUAAGAUAUGCCUCAUGUUAUUUAAAGAACCAAUAAUAUUUGUGGUUCAAGUGCUGCUAGAAGGAAAUUGGUACAAACUUGUAUUUGGUUAGUAAACUCAAGUAUUACAGAAAAUUCAUAAGCUUCAUAAGCUGGGCAUAAAAAUGCGCUAAAAGGUUAUUGUUCUAUAUUUAAAAGAUAAACUACAAUUAUUCUAGUUGUAAAUUUUGAAAGAAAUGAUUUGCAGAGUUUUUUUAAAGGAAGAUGUUGUAGAUAAGAAGCAUAAAUCAAUGUCACCAAAUAACUUCCUUGUUAACUAGUAAGAUGAAUGAUUUGCUAAAGUGAAGCAGCUUUACAGGAAAAUUCUUCCUUUCACAUAAUAAUUUUUUAUCAAAAAUGUUUUCCUACAGAUUUGAGUGACACUCAUCACCAUCUUAGUUUAUAGAUAUAUAUGUAUAGUUUAUAGAGCUUAUUAUUAUAGUAUUUUUUGAGUUUGGUGACAAAUAGUUCUUAUUUUUGCUCACAAGGCUUGAUAUCUAUCCAUGAUGAGCUGCGCCUUUGGUGGGUAAGGACCAAGCAAACAUGCUAAUAACACCAUGGAUGGAUAUCAAAUGUUCRAGUAAUUUUAUAGAUGAUAUUUGCGCUUGCGUGGUACUGUUUUGAUUGGUUGCACUGGUCUGUAAUCAUGACAAUCAUGCUGGUCAUGUGAUUGUGUUAAUAGUUCCAUGGCAUUCAUUAUGAUCUUAAAUAUUAAUAAAUAAUUAUCUUAGCACUUUUUUUGGAGAAAAUGGAAGAGAUGUGAACCUAUAGGCCUGUACUGGCCAUGUUUCAAGUGUGAAUAGAUCUUUUUCAUAGCAUGGGUGUCAUCCUAUUUCAAAUCUUGUUCUUCCUUUGAUAGUAUUUUCUUUGUCUACAGGUGAAAUUAGAGAAAUACAUUUUUAUGGAUGAAACUUGAGAUAUUGAGAAAAUACCACCCAAGCAUGAAAUUCCUAUUCAUUUCCACUAAGAUGUGGAUUACUAGGGUUGUCGAUAUUCUGCGAACUCAGUAGUAUUACAAGCUGCAUGCUGAAAUUUUUCACUGCUGUCAAUCAAAAAUAAUCAGUUAGUACCUAAGUUUUAUGUUCUUGGCUGGCAGCAGUAAAAGACUUCACAACAAGCUGUUGAAAAUGUAAAAUUGUUUCUGUUCUCUCAAUAUGUGAUCAAUAUAUGACAAAGGGCUAAAACUCUCUUCACUGAGUACUUUAGCCAUUGCAACAAUUUAACUUAUWUCUCCAAUGAUGGAUUUGCUUCGGAUGAAGCAUAAUAUAUUUAAAAUUAUUCAAUUGAUGGUUGUCAACCAUUCCCAAGAGAAUUAAAUAACAAAAGACAUGGUGGCCAUGUUGGAGGAUAUAACAAAAGAAUACAUUGACAAUUCUUUUGUUAAGUUCCUCCAACAUGGCCACCGUGAAAACCAUCAAUAGUUUAAAUUAGGUUCAAGUUUGGAAAAUUAUUUGUUAGAAAAAAGAUUAGGUACAAUGAAAAGAUACACCUGUUAAAAGUAUUACUGAAAGAGCAAUACUAUUUGCUUGGGUUAACAGCUCCAGCUUCAAGGGCUGUCAUAUUGAUCAGAUUAAAUGUAAGUUGGUUUAACUUAUGUGGCUGGUAAAUCUAAUUUAUUUUUUGAGUUUUAAUGAAAAAAAAUUUGAAUUAAAAUGGCUUUAACAUUCAAUAUAUUUCUAAGUUUUGUUUGCAUGACAAAAUUUAAUCAUUAAUAAUAUUUUUAUACAGUUCUGUAAAUAUAAUUUUUUUGUUUGUUUAUUAUGUGUUUUGAUUAACAAAAAGUAUAAACUUAUUUAAGCAACAAUAUAAGGAACACUGAAAUCUCUUAGACUAAUGGCUGGUUAUAUUAACACAUUGCAUAUGUUGUGUUACAGUCAAACCAGCUCAUGGGUUCCCAUCGAGGUUCAAACCUUCAGUUUAUUAUUCGAAGUUUGAUUUCCAUCUUGCUCUGAAACUUGCACUAAUAAGACUAACGUUGUAAAUUUGAAAUUUGGGAUUGGACUAAAAGUUUAUUUAGUUCUUCACAGAUUCAUGCAAAGCCUAAAUUAUUUUUACUGUUGUAGCUACCAUUUUAAAGUUACUUGUUGCUGUGUUGUUUUAUUCAAAAAAUCCUAUCMCAAAUAAACUUUUUUUUUUUGAUGUUUUGAGGUAAAAGUAAAGAUUGAAAUUCACAAUGUCAUUUGAUUAAUGCAAGCUUCAAAGCGAGAUGGAAACCAAACUUUGAAUAAUAAAAUGAAUCUUUGAGCCUUGAUAGGAACGCAUGAGCUAGUUUGACUGUAAUACAGAGUUUAAAUAACAUCACAUAAUACUUGACAUUAACUUAAGUGACAUGUGUACUCUUUGAACAUAACAUAACAUCUACAAUUGUCCAUUAAUUGAAUUUAGAUUAAUUUAAGAGAAAGAUUGCUUUGUUUAAUGUUUUUCAGUGUUGUUAACGUGUUCAAAAUAAUAUUGUUCCAGUGUUAGUAUAAUUUCUAUCGUUAGUCAAGUACAUUAAUCAAGGCUUAAAGAACUACCAGACAUCAGACAAUGUCUGCCCAUCAUUUUGACCAGUAACAUUGAGCCAGAAAUGAGGUAUGACGGAGCUAAAACUAGUUAGGGCAGUCAUGCUUAUUCUUAACUAGCUAAAGUCAGUACUCUAUGCUCCAAAAUCCUCUAUUUAACAACAUGUAAUAGGUUAAUAUAUGUAUAAAGAAUGAACAAAUCUUGAAUUAAAUGUCAUUGUAUGUUU